AUGUCGCUCGUGCAGCACGUCACUCCCUUGGAAGGUGUGGAUGUCGAGCCAGAUGUGGAAAUCGAUGAGGAUUUCCAUCCCAUUGCUCGCAAGAUUAGUUAUGAUGUGCUCCAGCCACCAACGCAGCCGGUGCCGUUAGAGGACCAGCCGCCCGCCUUACCCGCGUAUCAAGUCUCUGCGGCACGAAGAUUGGCGCAGGUCGUAUUUACUAUCUUCGCAUGCUGGCUCGCCUCAGGGAUUCUCUUUGGAUAUGCAGCGCUGAAACCGGUCCUCGUUGAAGAGGGGGUCUACCAUGACCUGUGCACAGAAGAGGAGGUCCGCGACGGAGUCAAGCUGUGUGUGCAACAAGAUCUGAGAUUGAAUCUGUGUUUCACCAUCGCGUCCAUCACGGCCAACGUCUCGGCGUUACCCGUGGGGACUAUCCUCGACCACUAUGGAUCACGGAUCUGCGGUCUGAUCGGUAGUUUAUCUUUGACCAUUGGAAGUAUCCUUCUGGCAUUUUCGUUCCUCUGGCCUCACUUCCAGGGCUUUGUGAUGGGCAACUUUUUCCUCGCCUUUGGAGGCACUUUUAUCUUUGUGCCCUCCUUUCAAAUCGCAAACGCCUUUCCAAAAUCCGCGGGAACCAUUGUCGCGCUGGUCACCGGAGCCUUCGAUGCGUCCGCUGCCGUUUUUCUCCUCUACCGGUUGGUAUAUGAGAUCUCAGACCAGACCUUCACCCCUGACAAGUUUUUCCUGGGCUACCUGGCCGUGCCGGUGAUCAUUCUCUUGGCACUCUUGACAUUCAUGCCGACACGGGAUUACUACACCACCAUGCGCUUGGAAGAUCAAAUCCACAAAGCCGAGGACCCGAUGCGCGACGUGCACGAUUCCGAUCAGGAUAUUGACAGUGAUCGAGAAUUGCAGCGCGUGCGCAGCCGACGUGCCGAGCGGCGCCAGGAGAUGAUCGAGAAUAUCAACGAAGUUCUCGGCGACGAAGAUGAGCGACUCCAACGGGCGGAGCGCGAAGAGGAUCGUCACCAAAUCAGUCAAGUCUGGGGUGUUUUACACGGAUUACCCGCUCACAAACAGAUGAUGACACCGUGGUUCAUCUUGAUUACCUUGAUGACGGUCAUUCAGAUGGUGCGGAUGAACUAUUUCAUUGCCACGAUCCGCACUCAAUAUGAGUACAUGCUCGGUUCCGACGAGAGCGCCCAGCGCAUCAAUGACUUUUUCGAUGUCGCCUUGCCGAUCGGUGGAAUCCUCUCUACGCCUUUGAUCGGAAGCUUGUUGGAUCGUCUGAGUGUCCCGGCGACUCUGAGUCUGAUCGUGUUUCUGACUACAAGCAUCGGCAUUCUUAAUUCAAUUCCAGCCAUGUGGGCGGGCUAUUGGACGGUCAUUCUGUUCGUUUUACUACGCCCUCUAUACUAUUCAGCCAUGUCGGACUACGCAACCAAGGUCUUCGGCUUCGCCACUUUCGGUCGAGUCUAUGGAACAAUCAUCUGUCUAUCCGGGAUGGUCAAUUUCUCCCAGUACUGGCUUGACUCCCUGACGCACGGGCCAUUCGACGGUAACCCGGUCCCCAUCAAUGUUGGCCUCGUGGUGGCUGGAUUCGUCGUCGGGGUCAUCCUCGUGGGAUAUGUCACGCUCGCGGGUCGGCGGUUCCAAUCCGAGGAGGGUACUGACCACGAGAGAGCGCCGUUGUUGACUGUGGAAGAGGAAGUGGAUGAGGGAGAGGAAGAGUGA